AUGGCCAUUCAGAACAUGUCCCCACCUCGGAACCUCCGAGAAGUCCAGAGACUAAACGGACGCCUGGCCGCGCUGAACCGCUUCCUGUCCCAAUCUGCUGAGAAAGCCUUGCCCUUCUUUAAGGUGUUGAAGAAGGCUGAUCAGUUUGCUUGGACCGAAGAGUACCAGGCUGCCUUCGACAAAUUAAAACAACAUUUGCAUCACCUGCCUACCCUCGUCUCACUUCGGCCCGAAGAAAAGCUGUACCUCUACCUCUCCGCCGCCGACGAAGCUGUCAAUGCUAUGCUCAUCCGAAAUGAGGGCACCCAAGUGCCGGUCUACUAUGUCAGCCGAGCUCUCCGUGGGCCGGAGACUCGGUAUACCCAAGUGGAAAAACUCGUGCUAGGGUUGGUCCACGCGGCUCGGCGGCUGAAACCUUACUUCCUAGCUCAUUCCAUUUUCGUCAGGACAGACCAGCCUAUUCGACAGAUACUGGUACGGCCCGAGGCUUCCGGGCGCCUCACCAAGUGGGCUGUCGAAUUGGGGGAGUACGACCUGUCGUAUGAGCCACGCACCGCCAUAAAAGCUCAAGCUUUAGCCGACUUUCUUGCCGAGCUCACCUUCGCGGAAGGUCGGGAAUCCACCUCCGCCGUUGUCGAAGUGUCCACCUCACCUUCUUGGAUGUUGUAUGUAGACGGAUCCUCUAAUGGGGAUGGCAGCGGAGCGGGACUGCUCCUGGAGAGCCCCCAGGGGGAAAUGUGCUCAUAUGCCCUCCGUUUUGGCUUCCUGGCCAUCAAUAAUGAGGCCGAAUAUGAGGCCUUGAUCGCGGGACUCCAGCUAGCUUGCAGGCUCGGUGCCCAGCGGAUCCACGUCCGUAGUGACUCCCAACUUGUAUUAUGCCAAAUUCUUGGCGAAUAUGAGGCCAAGGAUGAGACCAUGCAACGGUAUCUCUCCAAAGUCCACCAACUCACCGCGUACUUCAAGUCUUUUGAAAUCCAAAGAAUCCCCCGCUCCCAGAAUAGGCUGGCAGACGCCUUAUCCCAGCUGGCUUCCACAUCAUUUUCUGACCUCAACAAGACCGUCUUAGUGGAAGUGCUGAGCGAGCCUGGCUUAAAGAGAAAACCAGGAUUUAAAAAGGGGAAGAGGACUCACAGCAUCUGCUCGGUGAGAAUUGGCGACGAUGGUGAUGGAUAUCCGAUGAGGUUGUGGCAGUUCGGUGAAUUGGAAACCUCUGCUGCCGUCGCUGCUCAAAUCAUCCACGGAAGAGGAGCAGAUGGAGAAGCAGUUGAUGAGAGGCUCUGGUCGCGGCCUUUCCCCUCUUGCUUCUGGCCCGAAGCUCUUCUAGAUGGCGGCCUGCUCCUCCUCCCUCUCUUCCCUUUUAAUUCCCGGUCUAUUUCCAAUACCAGAUCUGUUUCACCCAUAGAUUCCCUUCUUGAACCAUCGAAUCCUCUAACCACGGUUGCAGACGGGCCAAGUUUGAUGUCAAGAAAUCCAAAUUUAGUGGGAGUGUUCCAUGGACAAAUAUUCAACGCUGACCCAUUAUCCACUAAAACCCUCGGCAACAGCUUUCCAUUGCAACGUACUGAUAUAUAUAAGGCUCUGUUGUGCUCAAUCCCUUCUACAGUCAGAUCAUCAUCGAAGAAGGUGAUAUGA